UUAUUUUCGUAUGUUUGGAUUUUUACUAAAUGUGAAACAUUUUCAAAAUGAGUCUACCGCCUAUGUUGUUACAACGGCUUAAGUCACGAGGAUUGGUUAAUGCAAAGAACGAACAAAAACAAAUACCCGAGGCAAUAGAAGAAAUUAUCGCUGAAAAUUAUGACGAGGAUGACAAAAACCCUCCAUCGGACUAUAACGAACUCAAGUCACCUCCUUCUAAAUUCACGUCAGCUAAUGAAAAUCUGUGGCCAGAAAGGAUAAAAGAACGCAUAGGAGUCACAGAGUCAUACCAUGGCUUUAAAUAUUGCCCCAACACGUACAACAUAUGGCACUCGUGCACCUUAUACUGUGUUAACAAAUGGGCGAACGUGAGGCCGAAGCCAAAGGAAAAGUAUCUUCGUCGCUAUAAGAGAUUACUUCGAAAAUAUCCACUUCCUGCAGAUUGGACAGAGAUCUUUGACAGUGGCUGCGGGUUUUAUUAUUUUUACAACUCCACGACUCGAAAAGUAUCUUGGUUACCGCCAACGCAUCCGAAUGCUCGUGUUACGAACAGUGCAGCCAUGUUUAGAAAACAAUUAGCUAAUUCCAAUGAUGAAUUUAAUUUCGACACAAAAGAUUUGGGACCAACUAAUAACGACGCUGAAAUCGGUGCACAAUCUGCAUCUUUUUGCCCAACAAAAAAGCAAAAAAAACGCGAUUUAGAACGAACCCUCUUACGAAAGCAUAGGACCUGAAAUACUUGCCUAUGCCUAAUUAACAUAGAAUUGAACGACUUUUUCUAAGAUAAAUUUAAAAA